AGACGGGGUACGUACUGACUGGGCCCACUUAACUUUUAAUUCUUUAUGAACAUUGAACUGCCCUUCAUCUCAUUGCCUCCAUUUGGUGAGAUGCUACUAAGGUGCAUUACCUAGCGAUAUUCUUAAAAUGGCCUCUUCUAUUAAAUUGUACCCUAGGAAGAACGGCACCGAAACCGCUGACCAAAGUCCACUCCCCCAGCUUCUACAAACACCUUCCGGUUUAGCUAUUCUAGAGCUUCAAGGUACAAUCAACGUCCCGGAAAACAAUGAGGGCAAUACCCAAGAAGUAAACAUUGGACGGCUCGUAUUUCCAGACUACCACCCAGAAACUCAAGACGCAUCUAGCACUGCUUGGAUGAAACAAAUCUAUCUUUACGUGGGCGAGCAUCAGAGACUCACUGGAGAAGCCAAAAAGCUACCGAAAGCUAUGGCUAUUAUCAGAAAACGGACAAAGUCGGAAGAAGACGUAGAAAUGGCUGACGAGACAUCGAGCUCUUCUACGGUUGAGGAGCUGGAGGUGGUUGAGAUUGUCAAAUACAAAAUUGUAUUCUCUCAACGCCCAGAGCCCGUGGGAACUGGAUGAAGACAUACCAACGUAUUGCUACAAGGCCGUGAAUUAAAGCAUAUUCCCAUUAUAUAUGGCUCCUAAGUUCGAUAGGGUUGCAGAGGCCGAGAAGUUUAUCCCUAUACCUUACAGUAUCAAAGUCCUGAGCUCGAGGAUAUUCGGAGGCCGCAUGCAGAAUAUGGAAUGACAGCCUGCUGGCAUCACCCGAACUAGGCGAGGGUAAAAUUACUCGAACCUAUAGCCCCCUAAGCACUUACAUUGAUGGCUACUCAAAGGAUUCCUACGCCUAACAAGAUGCGCAUUGGGUGCAUUGAGUUUCUGUCUGGAAUACCCAUCUUACUAUAUGCAUCCCGGGUGUUCUCUGCUUGAGCUGCUAGAAAGGAAAAUUGCACUAAACGCAACUUAGAAGCACCAAGUCUAGAAUUAGGAGAAAUGUUAUGAGUUGAGUUGUCACAAGACCACAUAACUAGCCCUUCUAAAUGCCUUCUGGCUUACAAAGUAUACUAUAUCCAUACACACAAAAUAGGCUCAAAUCGUUUUUGAUAAACAAUUCAUCCGGCUUGGCUCCUACAUCUCUACCUUCAACAUGCUACAUGAUAUUUAUAUGUACUUUGAACGUGAUCUGUGACAUUGAUAGGAAGGUACAAAAGUACCUUAUACUUCUCUUUAUUAGGCUAAUUACCUAUGGACCC